UCGUUGACGUUUCGGGGAUAAUAAAUUAAAAAUCACAGACGCCUGUCCGAUUCGAUCCUCGAAUUACUCAUCUCUCCCGCGCUUGUAUCAUAUACUUAACUGCUACGAUUUUCAUUGCCUUCGAGUCAAAGCAAGCCAAACCUCUCUUAUUGUUUUUUUUUUUCCUUCCACCUUUAUAGAAGGACUGAGAAACAGAUCUUUACAGGAGGAAAAAAAAAUGGCGGGCCGGCUCGGUUCUUCAUCGGCGACGAUGAUCGUGACUAGCACUCCGGCGGCGGAUCUCGCCCUCACUAAUCUCGCUUAUUGCUCGGCCUCCGAUCUUCACAACUUCGCUGUCCCUGGAACUAAGCUCUUCAUGGCUUUAAUCGCCGAUUCCUUUGUUCUAUCUCUUUCUCCUCAUGAAAAUAUUCGUGCUGGUCAUAUUGCCCUGAAUGCUAUUCAACGACGGCAUGCAAGAGUUUCUACUGGAGACUCCAUUUCUGUGAGCAGGUUUAUCCCCCCUGAGGAUUUUGACCUUGCAUUGCUUACGCUUGAACUGGAAUUUGUGAAGAAGGGGACUAAGAAUGAACAGGUUGAUGCUGUUUUACUGGCCAAUCAACUGAGGAAGAGAUUGAUAUACCAGGUUUUGACAACAGGACAAAGAGUAUCCUUCGAGUAUCAUGGAAAUAAUUACAUUUUCACAGUCAAUCAAGCUGUUGUAGAGGGCCAAGAUAAAUCUAAUGAAAGAGGGAUGAUUUCAAGUGACACAUACUUCAUCUUUGAAGCAUCAAAUUCAAGUGGCAUAAAGAUUGUUAAUCAACGUGAAGCUGCCAGUAGUAACAUCUUCAGGCAAAAGGAGUUUAAUCUCCAGUCACUGGGUAUAGGUGGUUUAAGUGCAGAGUUUGCUGAUAUAUUUCGAAGAGCUUUUGCCUCUCGAGUUUUUCCGCCCCAUGUGACAAGCAAAUUGGGGAUUAAACAUGUGAAGGGCAUGCUGCUUUAUGGUCCUCCUGGUACUGGAAAAACUCUCAUGGCUCGUCAAAUUGGGAAAAUAUUGAAUGGAAAGGAACCAAAGAUUGUUAAUGGCCCAGAAGUUCUGAGCAAGUUUGUUGGUGAAACUGAAAAGAAUGUUAGAGACCUGUUUGCUGAUGCUGAAAAUGAUCAAAGGACAAAUGGGGACCAAAGUGAGUUGCAUGUAAUAAUCUUUGAUGAGAUUGAUGCCAUAUGUAAGUCAAGAGGAUCAACCAGAGAUGGCACGGGAGUUCAUGAUAGUAUUGUGAACCAGCUACUUACAAAGAUAGAUGGAGUGGAGUCUUUAAAUAAUGUUUUACUUAUUGGAAUGACCAACAGAAAGGAUAUGCUUGAUGAAGCACUUUUAAGGCCUGGACGAUUGGAGGUCCAAGUUGAGAUAAGCCUUCCUGAUGAAAACGGCCGCCUGCAGAUUCUUCAAAUUCAUACAAAUAAGAUGAAAGAGAAUUCUUUUCUGGCUCCUGAUGUGAACCUGCAAGAGAUAGCUGCUCGGACCAAAAACUAUAGUGGGGCAGAACUUGAAGGUGUCGUGAAAAGUGCAGUAUCAUUCGCUUUAAAUAGACAACUAAAUAUGGAAGAUCUUACCAAACCAGUAGAUGAAGAGAGUAUUAAAGUUACAAUGGAUGACUUUUUAACUGCACUCCAAGAAGUUGUUCCUGCAUUUGGAGCCUCCACUGAUGACCUUGAACGAUGCAGACUGAAUGGCAUAGUGGAAUGUGGUGAUCGAAAUAAGCAUAUUUAUCAGAGAGCUAUGCUACUGGCAGAGCAAGUUAAAGUCAGUAAAGGAAGUCCACUUGUUACUUGCCUUCUGGAAGGUCCAAGUGGCAGUGGUAAAACUGCACUAGCAGCUACUGUUGGAAUUGACAGUGAUUUUCCAUAUGUCAAGAUAGUCUCAGCCGAGUCAAUGAUUGGACUCCAUGAGAGCACUAAAUGCGCACAGAUUGUUAAGGUUUUUGAAGACGCAUACAGGUCACCACUAAGUGUUAUAGUUCUUGAUGACAUUGAGAGACUUCUGGAGUAUGUUGCUAUUGGGCCACGCUUUUCAAAUUUGAUUUCUCAGACAUUGUUGGUUCUCCUCAAACGUCUUCCUCCAAAGGGAAAGAAACUCUUGGUCAUAGGCACAACGAGUGAAGUUGGCUUUUUAGAUUCAAUUGGCCUUUGUGAUGCUUUCUCCGUUACUUACAAUGUUCCCAAAUUGAAGAAAGAUGACGCAAAGAAGGUACUGCAACAACUAAAUGUUUUUGAUGAAGAUGAUGUUGAUGCGGCUGCUGAUGCACUGGAUGAUAUGCCUAUCAAGAAGCUGUAUAUGUUGAUUGAGAUGGCAGCCCAAGGUGAGCACGGAGGAUCUGCAGAGGCAAUCUACUCUGGUAAAGAGAAGAUCAAGAUCGCUCAUUUUUAUGAUUGCCUUCAAGAUGUUGUACGAUACUAAUUUGAUUAUCCCCUUACGGAGUGCAAAUGCCCCUCGAUUUCCCUUUAUUUUAUUUCUUUUCCUUAUUUGUUUAUAUUGGGGAUCCCUUUUUAUCUCUUUUAGUUUGGUAGUAAAUGGUUCAAAAUUUUUUGAGGUAUUAAGAAUUUGUGUUAGGCUUGUUUAAGUUUUCUGGGUUUUCAGAGGUCGAGAACAAUCCAGAAUGUCGAUGUGCUACCCUAUUAUUGUCAUUUGAGAGGGAUAAUUAUAAAUUUAGUAUUUUUACUUUUUA